AUCUUCCAAUACUCCAAAAAUGAUUUUAUCUUGGAAAAAUCGCAGAGCCCUAAACAAGAAGAAGAACAACAACCAUCGUCUGUGUGAAGAUUUGGACGCGGAAAUCAAUAUUCCGACUCACUUCCGAUGCCCAAUUUCUCUUGAUUUGAUGAAAGAUCCCGUCACGAUGUGUACUGGGAUCACCUAUGAUCGAGAGAAUAUAGAGAGAUGGAUUGAAGCCGGCAACGAAACUUGCCCAUUCACCAAACAGGUCUUGAACACCUUUGAUCAGAUUCCCAAUCAUAUACUGCGAAGGAUGAUCCAAGACUGGUGCGUUCAGAAUCGUUCUCUCGGCGUUGAACGGAUCCCUACCCCACGAAUUCCGGUCUCUCCAUUUGAAGUCUCCGAGAUUUGUUCAAGGAUUGCCAGUGCUACUCAACGUGGAGAUGCAAACAAGUGUGUGGAAUUGGUUAGGAAAAUCAAUAAUUGGGGCAAGGAGAGCGAAAGAAACAAGCAUUGCAUUAUAGAGAACGGAACAGGUUGUGUUUUGUCAGCUUGUUUCGAGUCUUUCGCCGCUGAUUCAUCCGAGAAACACGUAAAUCUGCUGGUGGAAAUUCUAUCGGUGCUGCCUUGGAUGUUCCCUUUUCUCGAAGAAGGCCGAUCCAAGCUCGGAACCGAGUCUUCUUUACGUUGUAUCAUUUGGCUUUUGGGGAACGGAGAUCUUUGUGCUAGACAAUAUUCGGUCUUGGUGCUCAAGGAGAUUCUUCAUUCGGAUGAAAGAGGGAUAAUUCCAAUCACCUUGCGGGCAAUUGAAGGAGUUGCUGAAGCACUGUUUUGUCUGAUCAAGGAAUCAAUUUCACCUGCUGCCAGUAAAGCUUCGUUGAUGUCUAUUUACUGCAUGAUUUCUUCAAAGGCAAAGAACGACAAGAUGACCUCCAGAUUUGUGGAAAUGGGUUUGGUGGAUGUGAUCGUAGAAGCCAUUGUUGAGGCGGAGAAAAUCGUCUGUGAAAUUGCUUUAGGCGUAUUGGAUGAAAUUUGCAAUACUAGAAAAGGGAAAGAAGAGGCCUGCAAGAACGCUUUGAUUACGGCGGUGUUAGUGAAGAAAAUCUUGAGAGUUUCGAAUUGGGCGACGGAGCUUGUGGUGUCGAUUUUGUGGAAGCUUUGCUUGGAGGAGAGUGUAAGGAUAGAGGCAAUUCAAGUGGGGGCGUUUAAGAAGUUGCUGGUGAGUUUGCAGGUUGGAUGCGGUGAGAAUACGAAGGGGAAAGUGAAAGAAUUGUUGAAAUUGCUUAAUGUCUACAACAAUAGAGUAGAUUCUUCUUGUGUGGAUUCAUCCAUGGAUUUCAAGUAUCUCAAAAGGCCAUUUUGAUUUACAUCAAAGAUAGUUUAUACCCAGUAGGAAACAUUCAACGAAAAACAUUCAUUCAUUUGUUCAAUUUUCUUGCCAAAAUCUGCGUCUGCUGAGCUGCAAUAUUAUACCGGGGCUAACAGAAAACACACCAACGAAUGUUUGUGGACGCAAAUUGCAUCACUAACUCUCUCUCACAUUUUUGUGUGUAUAUUUGCGCUCU